AUGAAGCGCUACGGCCGCGUCUUCUAUUACCGCGUGCUUCACAUGCACCGCAUUGUGAUCACGGACGCCGACGCGAUCAAGCACGUGAUGGUCUCGAAGGCAAAGAACUACCCGCGGUCGCCUCUUGUCCGAACUCUCUUCAAGGUACUAAACCAAGCAGUACUGUAUAUCCCAACGGUCGAGAAGAAACUUGGAGGUGGCGACACACUCGUUACGACCGAAGGCUCUGCGCACGCGGCGUUGCGCAAGCUCUUCAACCCACACUUUGGCCAAGCCAACGUCAAGACAAUGCUCCAUGUCUUUCAGCACCACACCGACGUCUUCAUGGAGCAGCUCGCGAUUGAUCAGCCCCUCGAUCUCAAGAACCGUACGCGCCAGCGUGGACCUCAUCCCUUCUCAUGUGACCUAGUGUUUACGCAGGUGGCGCUGGACAUGAUUGGUGUCGCGGCCUUUGGCUAUGAUUUCGAGUCGCUUCGCAACAAGAACCCGCGCGAGAUACAGGCAUUCCACGACAACAACCUCACGCCCAGCUUGUUUGGCGUCAUUGGCUUUGCCCUCGUACCGUUCUACGAGUACCUUCCACUAGCGUCCAACCGUCGCCGAGCCGAAGCGCAGUCGGUGCUGCAGAGCCUUAUCGACCGAGUGCUGCAGCAAAAAUUAAUCGCUUUGGAGACGUCCACGGCUGGCAGUGCACCCAAGGACAUCCUCGACCUCAUCCUCGCGCAAGCGUCCGAUAUGCCGAUGGCUGACAUUCGCGCGCUGCUUCUCAUGUUCAUGUUUGCUGGCCACGAGACGACUGACAAUACUCUCGCUUGGGUCGUCUCGUUCGUGGCGCAGCACCCAACGGUCGCCGCCAAGGUCCACGACGAGUGUUUGCGCAUGCGUUGUGAUGGCAACGACAAGGUGCCGACGUGGGAGCAGCUCGGUCACCUCUCGUACCUCUCGGCCGUCAUCCACGAAACGCUGCGACUGCGUCCGACGGUGCCCGAGACGUCGCGUCACGCCGCUGAGGCCGACACGCUGCCACUUGGUGAUGGCUCGAGUGUUGGUAUCCCCAAGGGCGCUGAUAUCUUUCUCGACAUCAUCGCGAUCCAUCGCAACCCGACGUACUGGAGCCAACCCAACGAGUUCCUUCCAGAGCGCUUCAUUGAAGGCACGGAUGUGUACGAAGCCGACUUGGCGCUUCGAGGCGGCAAGCCCAACACGUUUUGCUACUUUCCCUUUAGCGUCGGCGACAAGAACUGCAUUGGAAGUCGCUUUGCCAUGGCCGAAAUGCUUGUCGUACUCUCUACCCUCUUCUCGACGUACAGUGUCGCGCUAACACCGGCUGCCAACUUGAACGUUCGCAAGGACACGGUCGCGAUUGCUCCCGUGUAUCUUGAGGUCACGCUCUCACCACUUCCGACGCGUGCGCCAUUUGUCUAA